GGAGGCUUGUAAAAAUUAAGUAAAUUCAUGUGUUGAGGUAAAAAUGUUAUCACCCUUAAUUAAGCAAAUAUAGGCAGACUUAUUUUUGGUUUGUUUAUUAAGCUUUGUGUUUUACAAUUAUAUAUUGUUUAUAUGAAUCUUUGAUAUUGUUAUUUUUAUAUAAAUAUAAUUUUUUUUUAUUUUUCUUUACUUUGUUUCAGGGAAUGGAAAAAAAGUUGUUUGUGCUCGUUUAACGUAGUGAUGUAAUUAAAAGUAAUUCAGUGUUCAUUAAAUUCUAAUGAAUGGUUAGUUAGCCACAGCAUGAAAUAAAUAUAACCUUUUCAAUAGCUUAUAAUAAGCAGCGAUUAACAUAAUUUUGUUUUUCAAAUUGAUUAAGUAAUGUCCUAUAGCUUGUACAAAUUGUUCAUUUAUCGCUUGUUCUAUUUGAGUGCAUUGUUUUGUAAUGCGCAUCAAGACGGGGUUCGUUUUCUAACAUUUCACAGUCUAAACAAAGGAUUGAAGAAUAUGUUUCAUUCUGCGCAAUUAUAUUUACAUGUUUAUUUAAAUUGCGUUUACAGGGCGUUUGUCGUAUUCUCGUUGUAAUUAAGAUGACCAUGUAAUUGCUAUUAUUUUAAUAGUCUUUUGUUAUUUUGGUUUGAUUUCGUACCCCCGGUUUUUGCGUUCGAUGUUAAAGCACUGAUACGCCUGUUGAUCAGUUACCAGGUUAUUUUCUCAGUUUCUAAGCGAGUUUUGUCAGGUAACGACAUUAGUUAUCAUUAGUUGCUCGGAGUGAAGGCUGGGUGAAAUAACUACUUCUAAGCAACGGAAAUUUGCGUAGAACGAGUAGACGAGGUAUCGUGUCCACAUGGCAUCUUCAACUUCUCCAUUCGGUGGCGGUCGUACACGCAGUGUUUCGCACGAACACGAGGAUAGGAAUAAUAAUAUCGAGUAUAGUAAACUUUCAAAUCUUGAGUACAGCAAGAAUUUGCAGAACAGCGACUCGUACAAGCCUGGUUUGAGUCAAUAUCGCAGCAGUAGCGACAGUGAGUUUCGUGGAGCUGGCGGUGAUUAUCGUGUAAAUCCCAUCGGCUAUCGCACCAAUUCUGCAGAUUUUAAUCGCAACUCUGGGGAAUAUCGAAACGAUUUUCGUUUGGCCAGUGAAGCUAACGAAGAUUAUCGAUCUUCAUAUAGAGACCUACCCGCCAGUGAAUAUAAAAAUGAUUUUCGAAGCGCUAACACUAGUGGCGAGAAUAAUAGUAAUGAAAGAACCAACAGUGGCGAAUAUUCUCCAGGGGGAAGGCUAUCCAUAGCGCCUGGAAGUGGUGGGAGUAGUGGUAGCGGCGGCGGAAGCGGUGGCGGUGGUGGAGGAUACCCACCACAUUUUUGGAAUUAUUUAGGCAGCUUUCCUGGUAGGCGGGUUAGCAGUUUUCCAUAUGGCAGCAACAACGAUUCAGCCAUGUAUUCUCAAACUUCGAACAUGCCCAGUUAUAUGGACGGCUCUCAUGGGAGUCAUCCCUCACAAAACCAAAUGUAUCAGACCUAUCCAAGUCAAGCCAGCCAUCCUGGAUCGAUGGGUGUGGGCGUCAGUGCACAGGCUAUUGGUGUAGCACAACAAGCACAAUACUUGCAGCCUGGACAAGCAGCAAGUCAAAGAGUGCCUAUUUCACACACUACUAGAGCCUCGCCUGUUACUGUGCAUUGGUUGUUAGAAAAUUAUGAGACAGCAGACGGUGUUAGUUUACCUCGUAGUACGUUAUACCAUCACUAUCUAAGACACAGCGCUGAGAAUAAAAUCGACGCAGUUAAUGCUGCCAGCUUUGGAAAACUCAUCAGAUCAGUAUUUUUAGGCUUGAAAACAAGAAGGUUGGGAACUAGGGGAAAUUCAAAGUACCAUUACUAUGGAAUACGAGUAAAGCCAAACUCAGUAUUGGCUCGAUUAACUGACGACACACAAGUCGCGUUAAGAGCAACACCAUCUACGGCAAAAAGAACAAUCAGUUCGACUAGUUAUGACGAUGAAAGAGGUCGCCUCGAUCAUCCGAGCAGUUCUGAAGAAGGCGGCUCUAACGCGGCUCAUCAACAAUACUUAGGGGACGCCAGUGAAGGUUUACCUGGUGGAAUUACCAUUGAAUUACUUCAACCUCUUCCAGAGGGACUAACCAAACAAAGUGUCAUGGAAUUUGGGAGUUACUAUAGAGCUCAUUCUGAGUCUUUACUGGAAGUUAUUUCUGGAUUGCAAUUCGAACUUGUAGAGUCUUUAUGGCAAGCAUUUUAUAAAAGUCCGGCAGCGAUCAACAAGAUGGACAAUGGGACUUUAGAGCCGAAUGAUUACAAUGUCAGCAAGAACGAUUUAGUCGUCCUCUGCAAGUAUAAACCCGUACAGGUGUUCAUCAAAGAAACAGAUUACGCGCUUUAUCAAAAAUUAGUUAAUAUAUUAGUUCCCGAUGUUUUACGAGCUGUACCGAGUUCACUGACUCAAACUAUUAGGAAUUUUGCCAAAAGUUUGGAAAAUAUGUUAAUUGGAAGCAUGUCUGAAAUGCCGAAAGAAAUUGUGAAUGUUAAGGUUGCAGCAGUUAGUGCUUUUUCUCAAACAUUACGUCGCUACACGUCGUUAAACCAUCUUGCUCAAGCAGCACGAGCUGUCCUACAGAAUCCACAACAAAUUAACCAGAUGUGGAACGAUCUCAAUAAAGUAGAUUUCAACAAUGUGCAGGAACAGUCCUCGUGGGUGUGUCAGUGUGACGAGUCACUCAUUACAAAGUUAGAACAGGACUUUAAAACGACAUUGGCGCAACAGCAAUCGCUAGAGCAAUGGGCACAAUGGUUGGAAUCUGUGGUUGGUGCUGUUUUGGAGUCGCACGAAGGACGCGACUCGUAUCCUAAAGCAGCGCGACAUUUCCUACUGAAUUGGUCUUUUUAUUCAUCUAUGAUUAUUCGUGAUUUAACAUUGCGCAGUGCAGCUAGUUUUGGCUCCUUCCAUCUCAUUCGACUUCUGUACGACGAAUAUAUGUUUUAUUUAAUCGAGCAUAAAGUUGCCAAACACACUGGAAAAUCCCCUAUGUCAGUUAUGGCCGAGUGUGUUGGUUUAAGUUCGUUAUCGCAAGGUAACUUCAAUGGUAAUGCAGGAAUGGAGGAAGAAGACGAUUUGGAUGAUAGUUCUAACGAUGGAUCUGCCCUUACUCCAACUGCAAUCAACGCUGACGCAGCAAUUCAAUCCCGACCUGGGAAUCAGCCAGAGCCGUUGAUGUCACAGACAGCAGUAAAUUAUGACGAGCCAAUAGCAAAAAGAAUGAAACAAGAUUAUUCGACAUAACAUAUUUAAAUGUAUUAAUAAUGUACUAUGACAUUACAACAACUGGACCGAAUCGGGACGGUAAACUUGACGUAGAUUCGUUCGAUAUGCAGAGAUAUAUUUUAACGAAAUGACGACUAUUUGACCAAGACGCAAACGUAACCCAAAAAGAUGUUUUUAUGUCGCAUUAUGCAUGUACACACAGUGUAUAUAUUCACAGAGGUUUUUUCUGUAUGUUUUAAAGUUGAACGAAGGAGAUAAACAGUUAUCGUCAAAAUGGACUUAACGUUGCAUGAAGUUUAAUGCAAUGGUUCUCUUUCGUUUUUAAUUUGUACAUAGCCGUAAAUAUAUUUUCGAAAGUAGAGUAAUUUGGUGCUUAAUAUGUAAAAAUCUAUGUAAUACUUUUUUAUAAUUAUUGUAGACAGAAGAAAAAUGCGACAAAAGUA